CGUGGAGAAGACAUUGUGUUCACUCGAAGCUGGUCUGCGGCGUGGCUGGACCCCGACAACUGGAAGACAGAGGGGCAGUCCGCCACCCAGCCCGUGCCCCAUCUGGAACGCAUCCCUUGCGCCCAUGAUCGCAUCGUCUUCCCGGAGGGCAGUAGUUUCCGGGUGCGUCUGCCGGAGGUGACGGUCAUCGUCGGAAAAAUCUCCCUGCUCGGACAGGACAUGGCUCCGAACGAGUGGGAGGACGCCCUGUUGACGGAGCCCGGUGAACGCCAGUUCGUGACUGGGGAAGGCGACUUCACGCGGACAAGUUCUGUCGUGAUUACGGGUCAGGAGCGGUGUUCCGACAAAACGGGGUGCUCCUGCGAAGGCCAUUCCGAGCUGCGGGCCGCCGUGUGCAGAUACACCAGGAACAACAAUGGCGACUGCUACGACUCCAGCAGGAAGACGACGUGCGUCGCCCCAGUCCAGCCUCUUGGACACUGCUGCGCCUUCUGCGGGGCCUACUUGCUGCUGGAGUACUCCGCCUCAAAGGUGGAACUGGGGCGCUUGCAUUCCCUGCUCGAGUCCUAUCUCAGGCAGGACAGGUACUCCAGCAUCGCGGCUCACGUCGGCAAGCCCGCCAUGGUGGAAGACGCUCCUCGAAAUCGGCUGCAGAUCGUUCUGGCCGACGCGGGAGUCUACCGGGGCGACUGUGGCGACCUGGCAGACACCUUGGCCGCAGAACUGAGAAACAAUGACCACUUCGGGGUGUCUGGCGUCACCGUCUAUGCGUCCGGAGAGCCUCUGCGUGCGUCCACGUGGGCCAGCGUAUUCGGCACGCUGCUAGGGACACUGGCCGCUGCGCUCAUCGUCCUGGGACUGAUCUUCUUCGUCUUUACCAAUUACCGCCCAAAUGGGUGGGUGCUACAAGCUCACCCCAUCCUCUUCGCUCGAUUCGAGAACGCGCUCAGCGAGAGCGAGGAGGCGGUGGAGAGUCGAGUGGAGAUGAUGCCGGCAGAGCGCAGCACCGGUCACCAGGCGUCGGCCGCCUUCGACAACCCCAUGUAUGGAAAAACAAAGGCGGAAGAGGGAGAAAAAGCUGUUCCUCCUCGUGGGGAACCUGGCAAGCAAGAGGCACACGACAACCCGGUGUACAGCGAGUUGCUGCUGAAGGACGAGCCCCAGGAAGGCGCAUCAGAUGUGCAGGUCACAUAGACGGCGACUUACGCCUGGCACAGCUUCUGCACAAUUUAUUAGGACGUACUUGGACACUCUGGUAACUCCGAACAGUGUUUUGGAGAGGCUUUUCAAUCAUUUUGCUUAAUUCGCCUUUAAAUCUAAGACCCCCAGAAGUUAGAUUAAAAUUUUAAAAAAAAAUGUGCUGGAUCA